AUGAAAGAAAUUCGAGCGAAGAUAUCCGAAAACAAGCGGAAGAAGAAGAAGAAGUCGCAUAAGAAAAAUCGCGAGGAGAGAUGCACUUCCCUCGCUUGCGACGUUUGUUCUAAACAGUUCAAGAGUAAAUACUUACUGAAACGACACAAGUUCACGCACACGCCGACCGAGGUCGGCGAAACGGAUGUGAAAGAGAAUUCCGCGUUCACCGACGUGGUGCCGCGAAAUCAGGAAGCUCUCUCGUGCAUAACGUGCGACUUUCGCUGCGAUAAGAGAUCAACGAUGAUCGCGCAUCUCGCCGAAAGGCACGUGGGAGCCGAUGAUAGAUUUAGAGCCAGCGACAAGCGCGAGUUCACGUGCAUCGUUUGCGGCUUGGUGUGCGCCCGUAAGGAGACCCUGAGAUCGCAUUUUGUCCGCAAGCACACUCAGCAUUAUGGCUACUCGUGCGAGCACUGCGGCAAGGAGUUUAAGAUCAAGGGCGAUCUCACCACCCACACCCGAUUGAAUCAUCGAGAAUCGCCGGUGAUAUGCGACGUGUGCGGCAAAACCUGCCGGAACAGCCACAGCCUGUACACCCAUCAGAAACACGCGCAUUACAAGGCGAAGUACGAGUGUCCGCUGUGCCACCGGCGGCUCGUCACCCAGGAGAACCUGGAUCAGCACGUGCUGACGCAGCACGAGAGGAAGGAGAAGUCCGUGUGCGAGGAAUGCGGCAAGACCUUCUUUGAGAAUUACGAUCUGAGGAAGCAUAUGAGAAUCCACACCGGCGACAAGCCGUACAGCUGCCCGGUUUGCGGCAGAGCGUUCGCCAGGCACAGCAGUUUGAGCCAGCACCUCCUUCUGCAUACCGGCGAGCGUAUCUAUGCGUGCGACAUAUGCGGUAAAUCGUUCGCCCAGAAGGCCGGUCUCAUCUGCCACAGAAAGAUCCACUCGGGCGUUCUGCCGCCUCUGCCAGUGAUACACAUCGAUCAUAUACUGAAGGAAUUUAUAAAGAAAUGA